UUCAUUGCAAUAGCGGUCCGAAGCGCGCGCCGGUCACCGGAGGAGAAGAGAGGACAGAGAGCGACAGGAAGACAAAUAUAAAUAAAAACAAGCAAGUAUCGCAGAUUUUUUACUCAAUUUCGCCGGCAAACCGCCUCACGAAACCCAGCAGCCAUGUCAGAGGAAAAGCCAAAGGAGGGCGUCAAGACCGAGAAUGACCACAUCAACCUGAAGGUUGCAGGGCAAGAUGGCUCGGUGGUCCAGUUCAAAAUCAAAAGGCACACACCCCUCAGUAAACUCAUGAAGGCAUACUGCGAACGACAGGGACUCUCAAUAAGGCAGAUCAGGUUCAGGUUUGACGGCCAGCCAAUCAAUGAGACUGAUACACCUUCGCAGCUGGAGAUGGAAGACGAAGACACCAUAGACGUUUUCCAGCAGCAGACUGGCGGCCUCUGCUAAAGCCCCUCUCGCCUCAGUGACAGCCACCCUCAGACCACAACCCUCCGACAUCAUCACCCGUCGUCGCUCUUCUCAGCUAUUAUUAUUAUUAUUAUUAUUAUUAUUAUUAUUAUUAUUAUUAUUAUUAUUAUUAUUAUUGCUAUUUCUUCAUUAUGUCCAUGUUGGAAUUUUUGGGGGCGGGAAGUGGGUUGGGGGGAAGUGGGGUUAUAAGUGGCCAGGACUGUACUGUACUUUGGUUGUCGUCAAUCAGGAAGACGGGCUGUGAUUGGACCAACAGCUAUCCGGUAGUGUUAUUGUCCAUCAAAGGGUCGCCCACCUUUCGUGUUUUUGUCUGGACUCCUGCUGUCAUUAUUGCCAACAUGUCUUUUUACUUCUGUGCUUUUUAACCAGCUUUGCGAAAUCAUUUUUGUGUUUGGCCACCCCAGCCCCAACCACAAGAAUAGACACCCACGGGGGUCACUUUUUUUUUUUUUUUCCUGUACAGACAACAAACAACAGAAUGGAUGUAAGCUAAAUAUCGACCAAAUGUUCAGACGUAUUUAAAGGGAGUCUUCGCUUUUUGGUUACUCGCUUUUUCUUCUUGUCGUUCCAUGUGCAUACCGCCAAGUAUUUAUUCAGACUGAAAGAUGGCUGCAUGGGUAGAAUGAAGCAGGGCAGUGGAGGAGCCCCAGGUGGGGUUCUGGGCGGCAUCCUGGAAAGUCAGUAUAUUGUUGUAAACCCCUCACUUCUUUGUCAUAUUGUCAUAUUCAUAUUUGCAUUGAUAUAAACUGGCCUAAGAUGAACAUUUAGUGCAACACCAUUUUUGUAUGUGGUGGAGGGAGGGGGCGGGGGCAACCCAACCAGUACCACCAUUUUUGGAGGUGCACGACAACACGCUUUGUAUUAUGUGCUAAGAAUUUUCAUCCGGUAUUGUAUUGUAGCUUAAAAUACUGUCUUUGGGGAUUUACGCUUUCUCCUGCAGAUGCCCUCCUUAGCGUUUUAAUGUCAAUGUACCCUUUUUUUUUUUUCCUUUUUUUUUUUUUAACAAAAAAUAGAAAUAGAUUGCCCCCACAGUUUUUGCAAGUGUAUUUUUUUGUGUGCGUCCAGUCCGUCAAAGCAUUCCUCAUACUUCCAGGAAACGUCACUUCUGCACCUAACAGUCAUCAGAAUUUCAGCUCUCUUAUGUUUUUGUUUUUUUUGCAUCAAAAUAAGAGCACAUUUAUCCGUGACAAAUUUGCGUCCUCCUGGAUUGGCUUCAAAAAGAAAACACAUCUUUACAACAAAACAAGGCCCAGGUCUUUGUCAUGUUAUUUGUUUCUCUACUGAUUUGUACAUUAUUUGUGGUCUUUUACUACUGUAUACAAUAAAUAUAGUUUGGUACUCAGA